AUGUCCAACUCUCUCGAGCAGCUCAAGGCCACCGGCACUGUUGUCGUCUGUGAUUCUGGCGACUUUGCCACCAUUGACAAGUACAAGCCCCAGGAUGCCACCACCAACCCUUCGCUUAUCCUCGCCGCUUCCAAGAAGACCGAAUAUGCGAAGCUGAUUGACGAUGCGGUUGCCUGGGCUAAGAAGAAGGGUGGCGAUGUCGACGCCCAGGUCGACAACGCCCUCGACCGUCUCCUGGUCGAGUUUGGCCAGAAGAUUCUCGAAAUCAUUCCCGGCCGCGUUUCUACCGAGGUCGAUGCCAAGCUUUCUUUCGACACCAAGGGCUCCGUCGACAAGGCUCUCCAAAUCAUCGACCUCUACAAGCAGCAGGGCAUCUCCAAGGACCGCGUCCUCAUCAAGAUUGCCUCCACAUGGGAGGGUAUCAAGGCCGCCGAGAUCCUUCAGCGCGACCACCAGAUCAACUGCAACUUGACUCUCAUGUUCUCGCUUCCCCAGGCUAUCGCUGCCGCCGAGGCCAACGCCUUCCUCAUUUCCCCCUUCGUCGGCCGUAUCCUCGACUGGUACAAGGCUGCCACCAAGCAGGAGUACAGCAAGGAGAACGACCCUGGCGUGACCUCAGUCAAGGCCAUUUUCGACUACUACAAGAAGUAUGAUUACAAGACCAUUGUCAUGGGCGCCUCUUUCCGCAACAUUGGUGAGAUCACUGAGCUUGCUGGCUGUGACUACCUGACCAUCUCUCCUGCUCUACUCGAGGAGCUGCUAAACGGCUCCGAUGCCGUUCCUAAGAAGCUCGAUGCCUCUGCCUCCGCUUCCAAGAACAUUGAGCGCAAAUCAUACAUUAAUGACGAGCCUGCCUUCCGCUUCGCUUUCAACGAGGAGCAGAUGGCCGUCGAGAAGCUCCGUGAGGGUAUCAGCAAAUUUGCUGCCGACGCCGAGACCCUCAAGAAGACCCUCAAGGAGAAGCUCUCUGCGUAG